CUCUCAAUCAAAAUGAAAUACGUAGUUUGAUGAAGUUCUGGUGUAACGAGCAAGCCUCAGGUAAACAUUCACCUGCGAUUAUAAUUUCAUCAUUGGCGGCAAUGUUUGGAUUAUGAAACAGUGUUGUCAACUUCUGAAGUUCUUUUAAAUUCCCUUUCUCAAGUGCUUGUCCAUUGUGAAUGUGCUCUUUAUUGUGUAUAGAAGAAGAGUUCACAAAUAAUUUUAAACAGCAUCAAAAAAUCGAUAUAGCAGAACGAAAGAAAUCCUUGAUGUGAAGAAAACACCCAUUUAACGCGCGUAGGUAGUGCACAAAAAUGUCGGACGAGGAAGAAGAAUCCAUAUCAGAGGGUUUCUCUGCCAGUGAAGAUGAAUGGAAGCCAACUAAAGAUGUACGUGGUGGAGAAUCAUCCGAUGAUGACGAUAGUGAUUUCGAAGAAGCACGCCUAAGUGCAGGCGCGCUAAGUGUUGGCGGUGCUGGUGCCGCAGCAAGAAGAAAAGGAGCUACGGUAAAAGGUUCUGUAAAGCAAACUGGCAUUAAAAAACGUAAGGGCGCUGGGCAAUCAUUGCGCACCAAACUCUACAACAAAUAUCGGCCACCACCGAAAACAUUUCCAUCACCCAGCAGCGCAGGUAGUAAUUCACCAUCUGCCUCAACAUCACGAACGGCUUCAAAAAACGCCAAAAUGCCCAAUGAAAGUGGCGAACCUGGCAGCGACUCCAGCAGCGAAUCGAGCGUCGAAGAUUAUCUUGUAAAUCCUGCAGAUUUAGAUUUACAAUCGAGUUUCUUCAAUGUGCAACGUCAAGAUAAAACAAAACCGACUUCACCGCCACCACCGCCCGUUUUCGACUGUAAUGCCGGUAUUACCAAACUCUCUGACUCGGGAUCAGACGAUAACAACGAAUCGAGUGUAGAAGAGCAAGCAAAUGAAAAAUCAUUUGAUUUUGCCAAUUUAUUGGAUAAUGUCAAUAGUCUGGAGCGUGCCAAGGAGACCAUAGCAAAACGUGCAAUUGAAACGAAAAAGCAUGAAACCAACAACACAACAGUUGAAAAAUUGAAUGCAACAGCUAUGGAUGUAAACUCGUUACUUGCAUUGGGCGAACAAAAAAGUAAUACUGCAAUACGCAGUGUAAAAUCGAAAGAUGAUGGAGAGGAGGAGGAUGAUGAAGGUGAAACUGAACGUGUACCGCUUAGGCUAAGUAAAACCAAGUCGACACGCGUUAAAAGGCAUACAAGAACGCGUCCAGCAUCAACUGUUGUUGCCGGAGAUACUGAUGAUUCAGAUUUUGAGGAAGUAGCAGAAGACAAAGCCUCUGUGUCACACUCGUGCACACAUGACUCCAGUGCGCUGCUUAACACCACCGAAGGUCUGGAGAUACAUGUAGAGCUGCCUGGCAAAGAGCGUCGCAACCGGGAUAAAAAGCAGCAGGAUGUAGAAUUGGCGCUGAGACGUAAAUUGAAUCGAGAUUUGAAAGAACGUUAUUUGCACUUACAUAAAACCACUUUGCUAUGCUGCUUUGCGCGCAGUUACCGUUUCAAUCGCAUGCUGAACGAUACACCGCUAAUGAGGGCAGCUUUGAAAUUGUUGCCGAGCAACAAUGCCUAUCCACCAGAGCGUGGCACGGAAAUCAAAUACUUUCAGUCCAUGGUUACUUGGUAUAAGACGGCCGUCAAGUUGGCAUCACCGAAUUUGUACGGCGACAAGGUGCGUAUGAGUAGGAGGCGAGUGAAGCGUGAGCUAUUGGCGCAGAUCAAGCGGAAGGAGGCAAGUUGCAAGCAGGAUUUCGUAUUUAUAUUUGUGGCAUUGCUGCGUGCGAUGGGUCUGCAAUGUCGGUUGAUAGUUAAUAUGCAGCCGUUGCCAUUGCGACCGGCGCAAUCGGAUUUGUUGACGAUUAAAUUGAAACGGGAUGGCGAUAAGAAGGAGGAAGGUGCAGUGGAGGCGAAAAGGUUGAAAAUCGAGGCGGGCGAAGAGAAGAAGAAACAUCACGUUGGUACGUCGGAGAAUGCUGGCAAAGAGAAAGUGGCUAAAGCCAAGGAGAAGAGCUCAAAAGAGGCACAUAAAAACGAUAAACCAAAGGAAAGUGCAUCCGGUGGGAGUAGUGAAAAGGUAGUUAAGGACCGGGGAUCGAAAGAGAAGGAAAAGACAGAAAAGGAUGUACUGAAAUUUAAGAAAGAGUUAGAAAAGACGACACAAAAUAAAAAAGAUACAAAACACGCACAAAAAGAGGCACACGCGGAACGUGACAAAGCGCCCAGCGCCAAAUUGUCCAAAUUGAAACAGGUUGAAGGGGCUCAAAAGCAAACUACCGUUACAAAAACAACAGCUCAGAAGGAGAGUACAAAGGCAGGCGCUAAUCCACGCAGUUCCAGACAAGCAAAAACGCAGGAAACCACCAUGGAAUCAUCGCAAGAGGCUGAUGAGAAGAAGACACUAAACACCGCGAGCAAUAAGGAAAUCAAACCUAAACUCUCCCGGCUUAAGGCUCAGCGUGCAGCAGGAAAGCACAUAGAGCCUGACUUAUCUCCUGGAAAACCCAGUCUACAGGUCGAAGCUACGCCGAUUGCACGACGUACUCGCCAAGCCUCCACUGAAAAGCAGCUGGUAAAUAAAGCAAUAACAACAACAGAUGGCGAAAAACCUGUUAUACAGAUUGGUACGCGUGUUCUUCCGAAAAUCGUUAUUCAAUCAGGCAAAGCCGUCACCACUGCCAACACCCAGCUGAGCGAACGUGAGAAUCAACCGCAUACGAGUAUCGCCCGUACGACUCGUGUCACGCGUUCGCGCAGCAAAUCACCCAAAAUGCAUAUUUCGCCUACGUUUUUGCAAAAUACCGAUUACAAAAACAAAUUUCCGGAGCCGGCUCCGAAAGACAAACCAAAAGGCGGACGUGCACGCGUCAGCUCGAAAAGUCCCACAGGGAAAGUACAAAUAUCCGCCGAAUUCUUACGUCAUCCUCACAACAUCAAUGCCGAUGAGUCUAUGCCGAGCAGUACACAUGAUGUGGCGAAACGUAUAUUACGUUCACGUCAAAAAUCCAAUGAGGUUACUGGUGGCGUUAAAAAUCCAAAGCCACCAUCGGUGCCACAAUUAGAUGGCGCUGAUGACAGCUUGGAGAAAAUGUCGUCCAAAAGUAAGCGUCCAAAAUUGAAAAACUUAAAACAAAAGUCCCAUUCACGCGAUGAUGAUUCCGAUGACGAUUUUGAACCUUCGCCGCCAAAGCAGCCGAAGAAAGCGCCAAAAUUACCAACAAAGAAGCCUGUAGACAGACGCGUUUUAUCGUCUGAUGAAGAGGAGAGCACUGGCGGCGCCGUCAAGCGUAAUCCAACAGCAGCGGAUAUGUGGAUUGAGGUAUGGUCCGAUGCGGAAGAGCAGUGGGUUUGCAUAGAGUUGUUCAAAGGCAAAUUGCACUCCGUGGAGGCGAUUAGGAAAGCCGCCUCCUCCAAUUUAGCCUAUGUGUUCGCAUUCCAAAAUGAUUUGAGUAUCAAAGAUGUGACUGCACGUUAUUGCCCCGAUUGGACAAAAACUGUACGCAAGUCGCGUGUGGAACGCGCAUGGCUAGAGGCAGCCUUUACACCAUACUAUGGUCAACGCACAGCUCGAGAUAUACGCGAGGAUCAAGAACUGCGGCGUAUACACGAGGAGAAGCCUAUGCCCACCUCAAUUGCUGACUACAAAGAUCAUCCGCUGUAUGCGCUCGAACGUCACUUACUCAAAUUCCAAGCAAUUUAUCCGCCAAAUCCACCAACAUUGGGCUUCAUACGCAGCGAACCGGUUUAUGCGCGAGAAUGUGUGCAUACGCUACACUCGCGUGAAAUUUGGCUAAAGCAAGCGCGCACAGUUAAGCUCGGCGAGCAGCCGUAUAAAAUUGUUAAGGCGCGCCCUAAGUGGGAUCGGUUAACGCAAACGGUCAUCAAAGAUCAGCCGCUGGAGAUUUUCGGCUAUUGGCAGACGGAGGACUAUGAGCCGCCAACAGCUGAAAAUGGCAUUGUGCCACGCAAUGCUUACGGUAAUGUGGAGCUGUUCAAGGAGUGCAUGUUGCCCAAGAAAACAGUGCAUCUGCGUUUGUCGGGUCUAAAUCGUAUUUGCAAAAAACUGGGCAUUGAUUGCGCGCACGCUGUGAUUGGUUUUGACUUCCAUCAGGGCGCUUGUCAUCCGCUCUACGAUGGCUUUGUCGUUUGUGAGGAGUUUGCAGAUCAAGUGACCGCCGCUUGGUAUCAAGAUCAGGAGGAGCAAGAGAAGAAGGAGCAGGAUAAGUAUGAAGCUCGUGUUUAUGGUAACUGGAAGAAGCUCAUUAAGGGCUUGAUAAUACGCGAGCGUCUAAAGAAGAAAUAUAAUUUUUAAUUGUACACAUUCGUGUUGUGAAUUGCAUAAGAUACAUGUAUUUUUUUGUUAUUAUUAUAAGUUUUUGACGUUUAUUUUCCUGAUUAUCUUGAUUAUCGGUUUAUUUGUGUGAGUAUUAUAUUUAUGUUAUGUAACAAAAAGCUCCUUUAUGCUUUCUUCAAUUUAUCAAUACUUUUAUUUUCAACACCACCUAACACCUCAACGAUAAAUUUUUGAAAUAAUACAUACAUAUAUUACACAUAUUUUGAUAAAAAGCUCAAGAAAGUUGUUGGAGAGGCAUGUAUUUUUUUCUGAAUUUGAUUUAAUAAAAAAGAUUUCCAACAAAUAUUUUUCAUAUACACAA